AAUGUUCGGCGCGGGCAUGAUGGGCGGCAUGCUGGGCGGGCUGCUGGAGGGCGCGGAGUUCCCGCCCUUCUGCCCGCCCUUCCCGCAGCCGCAGCCCUUCUGCAUGCCGCAGCACAAUAUCAUGGGCAUGGGCGGCUUCGGAAUGGGCGGGUUCGUGUUCGGGCAGCAGAUGCCGCCCUACGGACAGCCUCCGCCCGGCCUCGAACAUGCUCAUCCACAGGUCCAAAUGCAAAUGCCCGGCAUGCCCGACCCGACCCAGGCGGUCGGUCUCGCGAUGCCCCCCGCGGGCGUGGCCCCCGCUAGUGCGGCCGGCGCCGCCUCCGACCCGACCGGGGAGGUAGUGCUGCCUUCCAUGUGGCGGUCGGCGGUCGACGCGCGCGGUCGAACGUAUUAUUAUCAUGUUAAGCUGCGGCAGCCGCAGUGGCUACCUCCCCCUCCACCAGAAGACUCAGAAGAAUCUGAAGAAGAGGAGGCAGAACAGUUAUCUGCCAUUGACACUGCGAUAGUCCGCAGGCAGAUGAAAGGCAAGCUUGUGGAAGGUGUCAAUGGCAUCUACGAAGUGAUAAAAGAAGACCCACCGAACGGUCUGAUUCCAGACCACGCUCUACUCAAUAUGAAGCCGCGGAAGAGGCGGCCGGGGCUGGUUUCUGAAAGACCUAUAAGCCCAAGAACCGAAGAGGACAAACUGGCUGGCAGACUAGAAGUGAAGAGGUACAAGCAGACGAAGGAAAAGCUGCGCCGGCGCCGCGAGCGUCUCAUGAACCGGGUGCGUCUGCUCGCCGCACGCUCGCGGGGCCGCGGGGCCGACAGCGACGCGCAGGUGCUCAAGAUGGUGGACCUCGUAGACUCGGACAGCGAGUCAGAAGCGGACUCGGAAGACGGCAACGAGAAGCCGUUCACGCUGCCGUCGUCGCCGCCCAACGACUCGCCGCUCGCGCCGGUGACCGCGCCCGCGACCGCGCCGAUGCCCGCGCCGAUCGUCGAGCCUGCGCCCGCGCCGAUAGAUCCCGAUGAAGCCGCCAGGAGGAUCAAGGAGCAGUUCCGCAGCAGCAUGGCGCGCGUGAUGGUGCACCACCUGAACCCCUACCGCCACUCCGACGCGCCCGCUGGCCGCAUCACCUGCACCGCCGACUUCAAGCACCUGGCCCGGAAGGUGCGUGUGGACUCUUGUUGCAGGAGCAGGUCCGCAGCAGCAUGGCGCGCGUGAUGGUGCACCACCUGAACCCCUACCGCCACUCCGACGCGCCCGCUGGCCGCAUCACCUGCACCGCCGACUUCAAGCACCUGGCCCGGAAGGUGCGUGUGGACUCUUGUUGCAGGAGCAGGUCCGCAGCAGCAUGGCGCGCGUGAUGGUGCACCACCUGAACCCCUACCGCCACUCCGACGCGCCCGCCGGCCGCAUCACCUGCACCGCCGACUUCAAGCACCUGGCCCGGAAGCUGACGCACUUCGUGAUGCUGAAGGAGCUGAAGCACUGCCGCUCGGUGGAGGAGCUGGUGGUGACGGACUCGGUGCGCGGCAAGGCCAAGAUGUUCGUGCGCAAGUACAUGGCCAAGUUCGGGCCCGUCUACCGCCGCCCGCCCGAGGAGGCUGACUAACAGGAAAUGAUGCGGUUUCGCCUGUCGCUUCUGCAGGGGAGAACGCAUAUUGAGCAGCGGGAACACGCUCCCAAGAAGAACGCGACGGCGAAGAAACGGCGACCGAAUCGUACUGAAGCGACCAUCCAACUUGAUUAAUCACGUGCCGCAGUACAAACCUCUUUGGUUGCCAGUAACAUACAAAGACCAUACAGAUUGUGAGCCCUAAGGCUCGGCGCAAAUAGUGGCGAGUCGCGGACACUACUGUAGCGAGUGGCCGCCACCGGAUACACGUGUGCGGCGCGUCUAUACAAAAUAUAUUAAAAAGUGUGUUAAGUCGCCGUCGCCGGCCACCGGUGGCUGUGGUCGGUGGCCCAUUUGCGCCGACACUAACUUUGGUAGGGUGGCACUAUACCGCGCCAAAAAGUUUAUAAAACCAAGUUAUCAGGAAAAGUGGAAAGAGUAUCAAGUAUUGGAACUAGCACUUGGUUAGCGUCAUAAAUAAACUAUUUGAAGAUAGUGUAUACUAAAAGACAUUUUAUUACUCUGACAACGUGAAAUGUGUCCACGAGACUUGUAACUUUAGUUAGAUAGAUAAUGUUACUUUUAAAAAGAAAUGUUUUAAUUGAUGACGACUUUAAUUACGUUAAAAGUGUUUUAAAUACGGUUACUUUGACAAAAGGCAUUUUCUGUAAUCUCAUCUACAAAGAGUUAAUUUUAUGGCAGACGUAAUCCAUUUUUGUUUCUAUUCUGUUUACAUUUACAUUUGUAUUUUAUAAAAUGCGCCGGUCGCUCCUUAGUAGUCUCCAGUUUUUUUAUAUUAGUCUCCAGGCUAUUUUUCUCUACGUCCCAAUUAAAGCUUGCGCUUCUCCUGUGCUUAUUUCAGGAUAAUACAUAUUAUUUGUAAUAUAAGUGCGACUUAAACAGGUAGAGUCCUCGCACUUUUGAACUCACGUCUGAAAUAUGUAACCUUUUUCAACAAAUCAGUAACUCGUCAUGGUGAUAACUGUCGCUUAGUAUAUGUGUUUCGUUAUGUUUAUAAGUAUUGGAGUGUAAUUUCGUCAAAUUGUUUCUAUUUCUGAUUUGGCUUACAUUUGAAAUUAUUAUAAUAAUUUUCAUAUUCUUACAAACUGUUACGUAGUUUGGUAGGAAGCUAGUUGUUAAAAUAAUGUAAAUCAUCACAUCUUGUGACUCAAAUCAUCAACUUUCUAAAUAUUUUAUAAUCAUGAACAUUAGAAUGUUAAAUCAGUCAAUUACGAAAAUCAUCACUUCCUUUCUUUCUAUAAAUUUUAUGUAUAUUUUCUAGGAGUCUCAACUCAAUUUUUCUUCCCUAUAAUGUACUUGAAAACUAGUUACAAAUUCAAAAUCUUUUUUAUUUCUAACUUUUUGCAUAAAGAUUGUUGCUUAGACAAAUUAGAGCACCUUCCUUCCAAGUUAAAAAGAGAUUGAACUCUAUAUUUCAUUGCACUUUACAUUUGUCUGAACACUUGACGUGAAAGGCCAUCUUUAGCCGGAAUUACGUUUUAAGAUGCGAAUGAAUAUUAAGUUAUUGUUUAAAUGAAUACUAAGUUAUUGUAAAUAUAGAUAUAGUAAGAUGUAACAUUUAGUUUUGUACUCUAAAGUUAAGGCAAGUAUUCGAAACGACACUCAAACAUCGAUUAAAAGAUCGAUCCACAUGGAUUCAAGCUUGUGAAUAAUUGAAUUGUAUUAUUUAAAGAACUCAAGGUUUUGAAUCUAUUGUUAAUUUUGUUCAUGUAGAUUUAGAGUUGAGCGUCGUUUUCGAUAAAAUUUCUUAGUCCCUAAUUUUACGUCGUAAAGUAUUGACUAUUUUCGUGAACUUAGCUGUAAGGUAUCGAAUGGAUUAAGUGUAUAUUUUUAUUGAACGCAAGUUAAAUAAAUAUUUAUAGCAAGAUGAUCUCUAGCUCGACUGGGGUUGUUGAGAAAUCGCGUGUUUGUGUAAAAACUCGAAUACUUAUGUAUUUUAUUGCUAAUGAUUUCAAGUACACAGUAUUAUAAUAGAGUAACACUUAUUUGAGUGGUGUAUGUGUUUUUAUGCUGUACAGACUCGAGCCAAAGUAACACUCAGUAACUAUUAUUUCUAAUUUUACGUUAUUCACAUUCAACAUUGCAAUAUGCCGAUGAUAAUAUUAUAUUUUACUUGUAUUACUAACAUAGGUAAGUUUAAUAAGUCCAUUUUCUUUCUGCCUAUAGCUUUGCGUUACAAAAAUAUAGGCAAUUCAAAAUAUCUAUGGUUGAUAACAAGAAGCAAUAAAUAUACUGAUAAACUGUACAAAUCGUUUGAUGUGUGAAAAGAGUUUGAACGGUACUGCUGAAUCUAGGAUUCAUAGUUUAUUGUGUACACGCUUAUCGAAACCAAACGAGAAAUGCACUGAAGCAAUGAAAUUACUAAGGUACAUUUUACGAGACACGUUUCACCCACGAAACAUAAUGUGAUUUAAGAUGUGCGUGUAAAUAUUGUAAAUAUAGCAGAAGCAGAAUCGCUGAGGUUCUGGUAAAGAGAGUGGAUAUUUUAUUUAGAUCAGUAGUGUUGCCUUGCGGUACGCUUGUUUUGGAACCGACUCGUAUUGAUUCUGAGUUAUUGUAAAAGAUGGUGAAGCCGUUGGAACAAAUAAAAUGUUAUUUCUUUUA